UUCAACACGAUGACAUCGCCAGUGUUUGCCCUCUUUCUCACAUGCUUGUUCUUGGGGAAAAUGGAUCAGACGACAGGUCUGGAAUCCUCCCCAACUGUUCGUCAAGAGACACGAUUUGUAUCAGUUAAAACUGGAGAAAAAUUGACUUUACAAUGUUCCUAUAAAGGUGAAGGUGUUUCUGCACGGCUUUACUGGUUUAAGCAAACUCUGGGACAGAAACCAAGGCUCAUCUCUACUUUCUUUACAUAUAAUGUAAAUGGGACUUUUCACAAUGAAUUCAAGAACAAUCCACGCUUCGCACUGGAUAUGGAAAAUGGAAACAAUCACUUGAGGAUCAAAGAUUUACGCCUUUCAGACUCUGCUAAUUACUACUGCAUAAAUUUUCUAUACACAAUAGAUUUUUUAGAAAGCAUUUUUGUAAGUGUAGAAGGUUCAGGUUUGAAGGUCCCAGCUACGGUCCACCAGUUAGCGUCUGAGAGCAUCCAGCCAGGAGGCUCUGUGACUCUCAACUGUACAGUACACACUGGGACCUUGAAGAGUCUGAAUCUUUCUCAUGCUGGGACUUACUACUGUGCUGUUGCCUCAUGUGGACACAUUCUGUUUGGAGAUGGGACCCAGCUGGAGUUAGAAGAUGAGGUGGACUCUGUCUUGGUGUAUUUCUUGAGUGGAACUACGACAUUCACCACCAUCCUGAGUGUUUUACUGGCUCUCACAGUGUGCAUGAUUAAUAAGGGCAACAACUGCCAAUGUAAUGAGUCUCAAGCCAGAUGUCCAGCUCCCCCCACAGUGAAAGCAAAGGGUUACCAACACGCUGAAAACCUUUAUUAUGCUGCUUCAAGUGCCGACCUGUCCAACAGAUCAAGAGGACAGAGGGAUCCCACCUGGAGUGAAUGUGUGUACUACAGCGUAAAGCAGUAGAACUGGACUUAUUAUAUUUGUACUUUGGAGUAAGACAGGAUUUUCUUAGUGCCUCUCUGGAGGUGUAAUAAAGAUGUAUAUCCAGGUUUGAAAUAAUUUUGCUUUCAUAAGUUCUUCGUGGUCUGCAGACAAAAUUAAAUCACUCUGUUCUUUA